AAAUGCGUCAUCACGCAUGACCUUGUCUCUCUUCUUCACUUGACGUUAACGUUUUGCAAGAAGGCAAGCAUGGCGAAUAAAGAGCCCGGCGGUUUUCUGCAGCAGCUGAGGCAGAUCGCGGGCAGGAUGUCCUCGGGGCCUCGGGGUGCAGGAAUCGGGGUCAAACUGCUGAUCGGUGCUGGAGCUCUGGCCUAUGGAGUGAAGGAGGCCACAUACACAGUUGAAGGCGGCCAGCGGGCGAUCAUCUUCAACAGGAUCGGAGGGAUCCAGCAGGACACAGUUCUGGCGGAGGGGCUGCACUUCAGGGUCCCCUGGUUCCAGUAUCCCAUCAUCUACGACAUCAGAGCCCGGCCCCGGAAGAUCUCCUCGCUCACCGGAAGCAAAGACCUGCAGAUGGUGAACAUCGCUCUGCGGGUGCUGUCGCGGCCGCUGGCCUCCAACCUGCCGACCAUGUACCAGCAGCUGGGGACGGACUACGACGAGCGCGUGCUGCCCUCCAUCGUCAACGAGGUGCUGAAGAGCGUCGUGGCAAAGUUCAACGCCUCGCAGCUCAUCACGCAGAGAGCGCAGGUGUCGCUGCUGAUCCGCAGGGAGCUGUUCGAACGCGCCAAAGACUUCAACAUCAUCCUGGACGACGUCGCCAUCACCGAGCUGAGCUUCAGCCGCGAGUACACGGCCGCCGUGGAGGCCAAGCAAGUCGCCCAGCAGGAGGCACAGCGGGCUCAGUUCUACGUGGAGAAAGCAAAGCAGGACCAGAGACAGAAGAUCAUCCAGGCUGAGGGAGAGGCCCAGGCCGCCAAGAUGCUGGGCGAGGCCAUCACCAAGAACCCAGGCUACCUGAAGCUCAGGAAGAUCCGGGCGGCGCAGAACAUCGCCAAGACGGUGGCGCAGUCCCAGAACAAAGUGUAUCUGAGUGCAGACAACCUGGUGCUCAACCUGCAGGACAACAACAGCUUCAGCAAUUUGUUGAAGUAACAGGAAGUCGGCCGGCCAGACGCCGCUCCCUCUUCAGUCUGUCUCACCUCUGCAGCCUCCAGCCGCCCGACACCUUCACACGGGUUCUCCAACACACCGACGGGUUCUCCGACACACCGACGGGUUCUCCGACACACCGACGGGUUCUCCGACACGCCAGCAGGUUCUCCAACACGCCGAGGUUUCCCGGCGCUCCCGUUCUGAGCAGAAGCCGCCGUCUCAUUCCAGCCUCGAUCUGAUCAGAUUCUUCCUCAAACUGUUUUCUGGUCUGAAUGAAGGAUUUUCCUGCGUCCAGCCCGACGUCCACCUGUCUGUCUGUCCGCCUGUCUGUCUGCUCUGAGCAUCAACCCAGAACCAAAACCUUUUUACAUUCUUCUUUCCUUCCUUCCUUCCCUCCUUCCUGCUCAGCUGCCGGAGGUGAAGACAUGAAGCUGCUGGUCCAGUCUCAGUUUUUUUUUUUUUUUUUUUUCUCUCAAAUCUCAACAUCAUGAUCAUCGUUUCUGUUGGAGCCUGAACGCGCAGCAGCAGCAGCCGACCAGGCGGGUUUGUUCCAGUCAAACUCAGCAGCUCUUCAUCGUCUUCAGUGGUUUACAUCAAUGACGUGUUUGUUGUUUUUAUUUAUUUCUACUGUUCUUUUUUUUUUCCUCACCGCUGGGUACAGAUCAUCUUGAUUCAUGAAAUGCUUGUUGUGAAAUAACAGAAGUCAGAAUAAACAAAAUAAAUAAAAUAUCUAAUACGUAAUGUCCUGUUGGUAGGAAACCAGCGUUUUAUUCUGGAAGGUUGAUCCUGCCUCUCAGUGUUUCCUGUUGUCCCUGCUGAGCGUGAGCUGUGGCGGCUCCAGUCCACACUGACCCGGACAAAUCACGAAAAGUCGUCUUUCCUCCUCGGUUCAGGCGGUCCGUCCGCACUCGAGCGCCUCCUGGCCGUCCCGCCAGCUGCAGCGUGUGGAGACACAGUUUGGCGUCGCGUCACAGCGCUGAAACCUGAAGACGCCUCUUUGUUUCUCCACUUUGCUCCUCACGCGCUCGAUUGAGAUUUUAGUGGCGGUGACGUGCGAUGUCUGAUUGUUUGAUUCUAGAUGAAAUCAAAACAAAUCAACAUGGCGGGCGAAGAAAAACAAAUAUGCACACGCCUGUCAGGGAAGUGAAAUCAUUUUGUGUGUGUGUGUGUGUGGAUGGACCUUCAGAUAACUGCAGUUUGGGCAGAAAACCGUCUGACAUGAAAACAUCACUCAGAUUUUUCUGGAUCAGUGUGGACUCUGAGGAGCGAGGCCGGACUCGAGCCGAAGCUCAAACCGUGACUCAGCGGAUCGGCUGCCGUCGAGUUUCGCUGGAACAAAAACCCGCAGACUCACUUCAGGGCUUUUCUUCUGCGUUUUGUUUUUCCGGUCACGAUGCGGAAAUCUGCAGGUUUCGAUCGCGGCUCCAGGCUCGCUGGAAUCGAACCCUGCAGAUUUCCGUCAGCCGGUUUUGUCUGACAGAAACACGUUAAAGGAAGAAGCCGAAGCCGCGGCGGAAACUUCCAGAGCCGCGGCCCCGAUGCAAACCUCAGCUUUGUGUUUUGUAAGAGUUUGACUGAGCCGCGCUAAACCUCCACGCUGAGUCACUCUCAGUUAAUACCAGCGAGUAUUUAUGUCAAACACCUCGUACCAUACAGCGCUCACACACACACACACACACACACACACACGCGUACACAUUUCUCUGGAGGUUAAGUCUUUCUCUGUUUUUCUUUUUUUUUUUUUUUUACUGCAGUGUAAUGUAAAUGGCUUGUAUGUCCUUUAACUCUGUCUGGGUUACGAUGUCCUGAUUGAAACACAAUAGAGUUUGAAUUCA